GAUGACUCAGUGGUAUCAGCUACAGCAACUUGAUUCCAAGUUUUUGGAGCAAGUUCACCAGCUAUACGAUGACAGCUUUCCUAUGGAGAUCAGGCAGUACCUAGCACAGUGGCUGGAAAACCAGGAUUGGGAACAUGCAGCCAACAACAUAUCUUUUGCUACGGUGUUAUUCCAUGACCUGCUGUCACAGCUUGAUGAUCAAUUUAGUAGAUUCUUGAUAGAAAACAACUUUUUGCUGCAACACAACAUAAGGAAAAGCAAACGUAAUCUUCAGGAUAACUUCCAAGAAGACCCAAUACACAUGGCAAUGAUCAUCUACAACUGUCUGAAAGAAGAGAGGAAAAUACUGAACAGUGCCCAGUUGUCAAAUCAGAUGGAAGUGGGGAGCAUACAGAACACUGUGAUUGGGAUGCUGGACAAACAGAAGGAGCUUGAUGCAAAAGUUAAGGCUGUAAAAAACAGUGUUAUAGAUGUGGAGCAAGACAUCAAGACAUUAGAGGAUAUGCAAGAUGAAUAUGACUUUAAAUGUAAAACCUUGCAGAAUAGAGAGCAUGAGUCCAACGGUGUGUCACAGGAGGAAUAUAAGAAAGAACAGAUGAAUCUCAAGAAGAUGUUUUUAUCACUUGACCUCAAGAGAAAGGAAGUGGUGAACAAGAUAGUACAGCUGCUGAACACCACAGAGCACACGCAGAGUGCUCUCAUUAAUGAGGAGCUGGUGGAGUGGAAACACAGGCAACAGACUGCAUGCAUUGGUGGCCCACCCAAUGCCUGUCUUGACCAGCUACAGAACUGGUUCACCAUUGUUGCUGAAAGUCUACAGCAAGUUCGUCAGCAGCUCAAAAAGCUAGAGGAACUGGAACAGAAGUUUACCUAUGACCCUGAUCCCAUCACAAAAAAUAAACAAGUUCUGCAGGACCGAACAUACAGUCUUUUCAGACAACUCAUCCAGAGCUCCUUUGUGGUAGAGAGGCAGCCUUGCAUGCCAACACAUCCUCAGAGGCCAUUAGUUCUGAAGACAGGAGUGCAGUUUACUGUAAAGCUGAGAUUGCUGGUGAAAUUGCAGGAAUUGAACUACAACUUGAAAGUGAAAGUUUUAUUUGAUAAAGAUGUAAGUGAGAAGAACUCUGUCAAAGGGUUCAGGAAAUUUAAUAUUUUGGGAACAAACACGAAAGUAAUGAACAUGGAAGAAUCUACCAAUGGAAGUCUAGCAGCAGAAUUCAGGCACUUGCAACUGAAAGAACAGAAAAAUGCAGGAAGCAGAACAAAUGAGGGUCCUCUCAUUGUAACAGAAGAGCUUCACUCUCUGAGUUUUGAGACGCAGCUGUGCCAGCCUGGCUUGGUAGUAGACCUAGAGACCACAUCCCUUCCCAUUGUUGUGAUCUCAAAUGUGAGCCAGCUUCCAAGUGGAUGGGCUUCUAUCUUAUGGUUCAACAUGCUGUCUACUGAUCCCAAGAACUUGUCCUUCUUUCUGAAUCCACCUUAUGCAAAGUGGUCUAAACUUUCUGAAGUUCUGAGUUGGCAGUUUUCUUCUGUAACAAAGAGAGGACUUAAUGCAGAUCAACUGAGCAUGCUGGGAGAGAAGCUACUUGGGCCAACAAGUGGAGGAUCUCAUGAUGGCCUUAUCCCUUGGACAAGAUUCUGCAAGGAAAAUAUAAAUGAUAAAAAUUUCCCCUUUUGGCUAUGGAUUGAGGGAAUCCUGGAGCUUAUUAAGAAACACCUCCUGUGUCUCUGGAACGAUGGCUGCAUCAUGGGUUUCAUCAGUAAAGAGAAAGAACGUGCUUUAUUGAAGGACCAGAGUCCAGGAACAUUUUUACUAAGAUUCAGUGAAAGCAGCAGAGAGGGAGCAAUCACGUUUACUUGGGUAGAAGGAUCUCAAAAUGAGCCCCAGUUCCAUUCGGUAGAGCCAUACACCAAGAAGGAGCUUUCUGCUGUUACUUUCCCUGAUAUCAUUCGCAACUACAAAGUGAUGGCAGCUGAAAACAUUCCUGAAAAUCCACUGAGAUUUCUGUACCCAGAUAUACCCAAAGACAAUGCCUUUGGCAAAUACUACUCCAGGCCUAAGGAGGCACCAGAGCCUAUGGAUUUGGAUGGUCCCAAGGGAAACGGCUACAUCAAGACUGAGUUAAUCUCUGUAUCUGAAGUCCACCCUUCCAGGCUCCAGUCUCCAGAAAAUCUGCUCCCCAUGUCUCCUGAAGAGUUUGAUGAGGUGUCUCGGAUAGUGGGCCCAGCGGAGAUUGAUACUGUGAUGUGUUCAGCAUAUUCAACUUAAAGCUUGAGCUUUUUACUGCGUCAUUAACACAGCUGAUUAGCUUACGCAUCCUGCUCUGCAGUCAAUGACUUGGUGACAGGCUUCGCUUCAAUUCUUUGGUUUCUCAACCUGAAGGUCCAGUAGCAAUUUUUAACUAAUGGGAAUAUAAACUGCAGUCUGAGUAGCCUCCUUACAUGCACUUUUUUUGUUUAGAAGUUCUUUGUUAAAGAAUUUCCAGUUAGUGAGAUACCGUGCCAGAGUGGAGGAGGAGAGGAGGAUAAGAAUGAGAGGUCCUCAGCAGGAGUGAUGGGGGAAACAUGCAUUUUUUGUUUAAGGGAAUUAGUUAAAUUUAACAUUUAAAACAGUUGGCUGUACAUAGAAGGCUUCAAAGGAAAGCUAGUUCUUUUGCAGAGGUUCUGUUCAGAAAGCUUGCACUUUCUGCAUAACUACUUCUGAAGAACUUUCGCAACUUUGAAUUCUCAUCUGCAUCACAGAAAGGAGAAGAGAAACACUCUGCAGGUGUAUGCCACACUGAAUCCAUGUGCUGCUGAAGUUUAUCCUGGUUUUAUCUUUUCUAAGGGCAUGGCGUACAGAGAGAACAUAAGCCAAAAAUGUUACCUGCAUUUCAUUUUUGCUUGUUUCUUAAGGCAAGGUCGUCUUGUGUAGGAUGUUUAGCACAAUCUUUCUCAUAAAGAGCACUUCUUAGGACACCACCUUAAAGCUGCAUUGGCACAUGCUGAGCUUGCAACUCAACGUGUACAAUCAAGACUAAAGCCUCUACAGACUGCAAUCAUGCUGCCUAGCAGCAGUAUCAGACAAAAUGAGAACCUACUCUUAAAAGAGCGCAAAAGGGGUUGGAGUAUGUUUUUACUCACUGUGCUUAAUCUACCAAGGUGAGGAUCUGGUCACUCGUUAUCUUUUACAAUAAUAUAUGCCCCAUUUAGGUUAUAACAGGUGGAAUGGAACUUAAUUUUCUUAUGCAGUAUGAACCAGGGUAUUUAUUUAACUGUUGAUUUGAACAGCUAGAAGUUAAACUUAUACUGAGUAAUGGCUGCAGGAUAUGCAAUCUUUAGUACUUAAAGGAUGAAGUUGUGCUUCCACCAGAGGAGGAACAGGUUUGUUUCUCAGCAUGUUUGAAGAUAAUUAACAACUUACAGUUAAGAGGGAAGGUGGUCUCUUGGACUAAGGGCAUGGAUUGCCCAGGAUCUGGGCAACCAGCUCUAGGUGGCCCUGCUUGAGCAGAGGGGUUGGAUACAGUGACCUCCAGAGGUCCCUCCAACCUCAACCCGUCUGUGACACAGUUGCUACUGCAGCUUCUCAACCCACUGCUAUCUAUUCCCAGUGCCAGUGUGACACACAGGGAUUGCAGAGCUACUUAACUACCAUUCAGAAAUGCUAGAUCGAUCAGCUGCUGCUUAGAAAAAUGACUGGUUCAAUUUAGUGUGUUGUGCCCAGGAAGACUGAUGUGCCCCCUGCAAAAGCUUGAGAGGAAGAAAGUUUAAAGGACCUAGAGCACGUAACAUACACAUAUUUAAGUGGAAGGCAUUGCUAAACUGACUUAUUUUUGGUGCCCUGAGUUACUGAGGUUAAGAGCGCUACAGAAUAUCGCAACUGGUGACUUAAUGCCUUUAUCUUAUUAUAACUAGCUGACUGUGUGUCUUUAUUGUAAUACAAAAAUCAAGUAUUUGUUUCUUGAGCUACACCUUGAACUCAUGGUCUAUAUGCAGCAGUUUGCUUUCAUUAAUUCUAUACUUCAAUUUUAUCGACCAGGGUGAAGUUUUCUUGUGAGAUUGAAAGCAAUGGCCUUAUUCAUGGCUUUGUCUUUACAUGGUCAAUAGUUCUAAAAGCAAUGUUUUUUUCCCUGAUGGAAUAUUCUUUUGCCAUUUUAAAUAAAUGGAACUGUCAGUUGAC